AGAAUUCUCUCUGUUAGCUAGUAUUAGCUAGUGAUGAUGAAGAAAAUGGAGCUUAUUUUUGUCUCUGUCCCAGCCAUAGGACACCUUGUAUCAACUGUGGAGUUUGCUAAGCUUCUUGUUGGUAGAGAUGACCGCUUUUCAGUCACUCUGCUCAUCAUGAAGCUACCCAUCGAGCACUCCGCGGUAACUAACUAUAUCCAUUCAGUUUCUGCUUCCGUUUCCGGGUCCAUUCGAUUUGUUCACCUUCCUGAAGCAGACUCAGAUUCAUCCAAUUCUAACCCAUCAUCGUCAUCCUCUAUUGCCUUCUUCCAUAAUAUCAUUGAAAAGCAGAAGCCUCUUGUGAGGGAUGCAGUCCACCAGCUCACUCGGUCUGAGUCGGGUCAACUCGCUGGGAUUGUGUUUGAUAUGAUUUGCCCUUCCAUUGUAGAUGUAGCUAAUGAAUUGGGUGUUCCUUCCUAUGUGUUCUUCUCGUCCAGUGCGGCCUGCCUUGCUCUCAUGUUUCAUCUUCAAACCCUCAAGGACCACCAGGGCGUGGAUGUUACUGAGUUUGCUGACUCGGAUGCUGAGUUGGUGGUCCCGGGUUUUGUCAACUCGGUUCCUGCUCGAGUCUUGCCUGCUGUGGCGGUGGACAAGGAGGGUGGCGGAUCCACGACUUUCCUCAACCGGGUAAGGAGGUUUAGAGAGGCCAAGGGUAUUUUGGUAAAUACGUUUGUGGAGCUAGAAUCUCAUGUGAUUAACUCCUUUGUCGAUGGUACAACUCCUCCCGUUUACACAGUGGGGCCGUUAUUGAACUUACAUAAUGCCAACCACCAGAAACAAGAUAGUGACUUGGAUGUCAUCCAAUGGCUUGACGAUCAACCCACAUCAUCUGUGGUGUUUUUAUGUUUUGGCAGCGUUGGAGCAUUCCACAUGGAUCAAAUCAAAGAGAUUGCAAUUGGGCUUGAGAAUAGUGGGCAUCGUUUCUUGUGGACGCUCCGACGACCUCCACCAAAAGGUAAGAUCGCAAGGCCUACUGAGUAUGUGAAUUUCGAGGAAGUACUACCUGAAGGGUUCUUAGAUCGUACAUCUAAAAUUGGAAAGAUAAUUGGAUGGGCACCACAAACGGCUAUUUUAGCUCACUCUGCAAUAGGAGGGUUUAUAUCUCAUUGUGGGUGGAAUUCUACAUUAGAGAGCAUAUGGUAUGGCGUCCCAGUAGCUACAUGGCCUAUGUAUGCAGAACAACAAUUGAAUGCGUUUCAAAUAGUAAAAGAGCUAGAAAUAGGGGUAGAGAUCAGAUUAGAUUAUGAAAAGGAUACUAGUGAUAUUGUAAAUGCUCAAGAAAUUGAGAGUAGAAUAAGAAGUUUGAUGGAGGAUAGCAAUGACAUAAAAAUAAAUAGGGCAAAGAUGAAAGAAAAGUGCGUGGCAGCCCUAACGGAAGGUGGAUCUUUAGAUUCUAGCAUACAACGUCUAAUUGGAGACAUGAUAACUAAUAUCUCAUGAAGCAAUGUGUUAUCAAAGAAAAGUUAUAAGUUGUUAAAAAUGUUUAUUUCAAUUGCCUUUUAAUAAUAUGUUGGUUGAGUGUCGAUUCAAAAAUUAAGUUAACAGACAUGUACUAUUUACUUAUUUUAAAUAAAAAUAAGCGUAACAUA